AUGACAUACCAAUUUAAGGCCGUAUUUCAUGUUGACAGGAAUAUCAUUGAGGUACCCUCUGUUUAUCAUAAACAAUGGACUCCAGAUUACCCGGAUUAUGUGGUGUUGGACUACAAUGGAAAGAAGCACCAUAUAAGAGUUAGAAAAUUUAGUAACCGAGUCUACAUUGUUGAUGGUCUCAAACACUUCAGGAGGGAUAUGGGAAUAUAUGAAGGUGUGAUGAUCACAUUUGCUGCGCCGGACAAGAAUUGGAAGUUUGAUAUCCACUUCUCACCGCCACUGCAUGCACAGACAUGUGGCAGGCCUGUCCAUUCUGCCAGAGAAUAUGUGUUUACUGUGGAUGUCGACAAUCGGAUGAUUGUUAGACUUUAUCCAUUGGUACUGCCACUCGAUGUUGUGGGUUAUGUUAAUGCAGGAGACGACUAUGUUACUGUCCUUGGUGUUUGUGGGCAUUGUCACUUUUGGAAGUUGAGUAUGCAUAAUGGGCUUAAAUGUUUUGCUGACCCAUGGUUCCAAUUCUUAACAGAAAACGAUUUGAUGGCCGGUGACGAAGUUGUCUUUUAUUUCAGGCCAAAUCAACUUCUUUGGGAGGUUAUUGCCAGAAAGCAAACUGUGUGGGACGAGGACGAGGACGACUCCCCAUGA